UCUACUGUAGAUUUGAUUGUUAUUGGGUGGCGCGUUGUGUUUUGCAGCCGGAAACGUUUUGCUAAGAUUUUGCGGUUGAAAAAUUGGUGAAAAUACAAAACAGACAUGAAAUUGGUCAGGUUUCUCAUGAAAUUGAGCCACGAAACAGUGACCAUUGAGCUGAAGAAUGGUACACAGGUCCAUGGAACCAUCACAGGAGUGGAUGUAGCCAUGAAUACCCACCUGAAAGCCGUAAAGAUGACGAUAAAGAACAGGGAUCCCGUACAGUUGGACUCCCUGUCGAUCAGAGGGAACAAUAUCAGAUACUACAUCCUCCCGGACAGUCUGCCCCUCGAGACACUGUUGAUAGAUGACACCCCAAAGUCCAAGGCGAAGAAAAAGGAGACAGCCAGAGGUGGGAAUCGUGGCAGAGGCCGUGGAGCUCGUGGAGGACGCGGAGGACCUCGUGGAAGGGGCGGCAGAGGCCGUGGACGGCGAUAAAUCCCUUUCUCUUAUCUUCUGUAUUAAGAUACUUUUAAUAACAUCUCAUUUCAUGUACA